AUGUAUCACAAUGUAAAAUAUCUGUACCUCUCCCACUGCAGAGUUACCUAUGAGAGAAAUGACGAUGAUGAGGAGGAAGCUGCCAGAGAGAGACGCCGGCGAGCUCGCCAAGAACGGCAACGGCUGCAAAGGGAUGACGGUGAUGGGAAUGAGGUGAACUCUCAGAAUAGGAUUAUUUGUUUUAACAGCAUUACAGUAGAAGAGAGCAGAACCAAGUCAAUAACAAGCACAGACCUUUCAGCGGACGAUGAGACUGCUUUGUUGGAUAGGCUGGCCAGGCGAGAGGAAAGGCGCCAAAAACGUCUAAAAGAGGCAAUGGAACGUCAGAAGGAAUACGAUCCAACCAUAUCAACCAAUGAAAGUUUCUCGAUUUCUAGAAGCACCAGGAAUGGAGAGAAUGAAGUCCAAGAAAAUGAUACUUCUCCAAAUGUGAAUGACUCAGACCUUCAUCAAGAAAAACACAAAGUGGAAGAGACUGAAACAGUAGAGGAAUUUACUGAGAAGAACGAUAGUAGAGAAGUGCAAGACGAAGAAGUAGAAACAGAUCAAGUUGAGGUCAAGCAGGAAGUUCAGGAGGAGACACCUGAGGAACCUCUUGUAGAGGAGAAUCAGGUAGAAAUGACUUUCCAAAUUAAAAAUAUGGAUGUAUCUAAGGCUGAAACGUAUGGGGAAGUAAGGAUAGAGGCAUUAGUAUCUAGAGAUGACAGCGAGCAGGAGAAGAGAAAGACAGACAGUAGUGAGGCUGCGGAAACUGAGAGGAAUAAGGCAGAGAAGAAGGCUGCUGAGGAAAGGGAACGUAUAGAGGAGGAGGCUAAAUGGGAGGAAGAAAAAAGGGAGAAAGCUGAGGCAGAAAGAAAGGCUGCUGAGGAGAGGGAAAGGAUUGAAGAGGAAAAGAGGGAGGCAGAGGCGCAGGAGAGGUUGGAAGCAGAGGAGAGGCAAAAGAUUAAGGAAGAGGCAAGACUCGAGGCUGAGAAGAAAGCAGUUGAAGAAGAGGAAAGGAUAGAGGCAGAACAGAGGCAGCGUCAGAAAAGGAUGGAAGAAGAGAGGAGGGUGGAGGAAGAGAGGAUAAAAGCAGAGCAAAACAGGGCUGAGGAGGAAAGGAAGAGAAAAGAUGCAGAGGAAAAGAGAAAGGCAGAAGAGAAAAAGGCAGCAGAGGAAAAGAAAAAAGCAGAAGAUAAAAAAGCAGCCGAGGAGAAGGCUAGGUUAGAGGCCAAAAAGAAGGAGGAUGAGAAAAAGGAGAAGAGACCAGACAGCAAACAGGUAAAAGACAAGAAGGUGGAGUUACAUUUCAACUUUAAAUAUGGAAAGGGAGAAGACAAAGAAAAUAAGUUUGAAGCUAAAAAGGAUGAGAAAGUUCGAACAGGCUUCAAAAAAGAAGAGGUUAAAGAUGAGAAAGGGAGAGGUGGGAAGGAAGAGUUAAAAGCCAGCUGGGAGCGAAAGAAAGGAUUUCCUGAAAGCAAAGCCCAGAAUGGAGAAAGUUUACAUGACGUUACACCACAUGCAUUUUUGUGGUUUCCUUUAAGUGGGGCAAAAGGACAGCCGAGUGGCGAUGAGGCAGACUCUGGAGCAAAGGUAGAAGCAGGUAAAAAAUUGGAGGACCUACGCCGUCGUAAAGGUGAUACGGAAACUGGGGAGUUUGAGAAGCUGAAGCAGAAACAGCAGGAAUCUGCAGUGGAACUGGAAGAGCUGAAGAGAAAACGUGAGGAGAGGAAGAAGCUUAUGGAAGAGGAGGAGCAGAGGAAGAAACAAGAAGAGGCAGAGAGAAAAGCCAAAGAAGAGGAAGAAAAAAGGAGACAAAAGGAGGAAAGAGAGAGGAGAAGAGCAGAAGCUGCAGAAAAACGCCAAAAACAGGAAGAAGAGGGAGUAUCAGAAGAUAAGAAAUCAUUUAAGGGUUUUACACCAAAAGGUUCAUCUUUUAAGUCGAAAGAGCGAGCGGAGUUCUUGAAUAGGUCAAGUCAGAAAAGGUAA